GUCGGGAGAGGGUUUCCGGGCGCUCCUGGGCGGAGGGGCUUCGGCCCAGAGGCGGCUGCGACCCUCGCCCGCCGUAGGAGACCGAGGACUAGGCCACGGGGCCGCGCCCUGAGUAGCAGAAAGAGAAUGAAAGAAGUAGAUAAUCUUGACAGUAUAAAAGAAGAAUGGGUUUGUGAAACAGGACCUCCUGACAAUCAGCCCCUCAAUGAUAAUCAACAAAAGGACUGUGACUAUUUUGCUCACAGCCUUUUUGAGGAAGCAGAGAAGGUUGGUGCCAAAUGCUCGUCCUCCACUGAACAGAAGAAACAGGUAGAUAUAAAUAUAAAAUUGUGGAAAAAUGGAUUCACUGUCAACGAUGAUUUUAGAAGUUACUCUGAUGGUGCAAGUCAGCAGUUCCUGAACUCCAUCAAAAAGGGGGAGUUACCUUCAGAAUUACGGGGAGUUUUUGAUAAAGAGGAGGUGGAUGUUAAAGUUGAAGAUAAGAAAAAUGAAGUGUGUGUGUCUACAAAGCCUGUGUUCCAGCCCUUCUCAGGGCAGGGCCACAGACUAGGAAGUGCUACACCAAAAAUCGUUUCUAAAGCAAAGAGUCUCGAGGUUGACAAUCAAAACACGUUGUCUGCUGUCUCACUGAACAAUUUGGAGCCCAUUACCAGGAUCCAGAUCUGGUUAGCCAAUGGGGAAAGGACCGUCCAAAGAUUUAAUGUUUCUCAUAGGGUGAGCCACAUCAAAGACUUCAUUGAAAAAUACCAGGGAUCCCAGAGAAGCCCUCCUUUUGCCCUGGCAACAGCUCUUCCUUUCCUCAGAUUUCUGGAUGAGACUCUCACAUUGGAGGAAGCAGAUUUGCAGAAUGCUGUAAUCAUUCAGAGACUCCAGAAAACUGCCGAGCCUUUUAGAAAACUCUGAUAGUUUUGAUUUCGAGAGGCUGAGAGAAAUGAUGGUUGGAAGUGGACAUGCCGAAGUGGGAGACAGAAGUCAGUGUGACUGAGUUUGUGCUUUGAGCACUACUUAAUUCCUUAUGAUGGGGGUUUUAAUAAUCACAAGUUAGGAGAGUACAUAUGGCUGGAAGCCACAGCCUGCAUACUUUUCUCAAAAGGCUACUCAGAAAAAAAAUACCAUUUUCAACUACUAGUUAGCAGAUACGAUAUAUUAAAUAGCUGUAUCAUUAAUCUUAAUAUGAUCUAAAUUAGCAGAGCAUUCACAGCAUCAGCAUUCAAACAUUAUUUCCAACAGCAGAUAUUGUAUAAGUGUGAGCUAUCUCAGUUUUUAAAUAGCAAUACAUUAAAAUAUUACACAUAGCAUGUUAAAAGAAUCAAUGGAAUUAUUAUAUUUCCUAUGCCUCAUCUUCAGAGUUUCUCAGUUUUCACUCUGUCAUGGCAAGAGAAUUCAAAUGUUCAUUUGGCAACAGUAUCCAAGAUGUAUACUUUUUUAGGAAUAAAAUUGUGUAGCUUAGUAUAAUGUCAGUAUUAAUCUGCCUACACACUUUUCUAUACCUUCUAUAUGUAAUCUUAUGGGCUGGGAAUGUAGUUCAGUGGUAGAGUAUUUGCCAAGCAUAUAUGAGACCUUAGGUUCAAUCGACCCCAGCACCACACACACAAGCCCUCAAAAUUUUCAAAUAUUUAUUCAUUUAAAAAUAGUAGCUUCGAAACUGCCUACAGGGGUGCAUGCCCUGUAGCUCUAGGUCACACCAAGCUGAGUGGAGGGUCACUUGAGCCCAGGAGUUCAGCUCAGCCUAAGCAACGUAGGAAAAACCCUGUCGCUAAACAGUAACAACAUUCACUCCUAGAGCGAUGGCUCAGCAGUCACGAGCACUGGCUGCUCUUGCUGUGGAUCCAGCCUCAGUUUCCAGCACCCACAUGGCAGCUCACAACCGUCGGAAGCUCCUGCUCCAAGGGAUCCAACUCCCUCUUCUGAGCUCUGUGAGCACUACACUCAAGUGCUACAUAAACUUACCUGCAGGCAAAAUACCAUACAUGUUAAAUUUUUAAAAUUUAAACUAAAUAAUAAUAAUUUACAAAGCAUGAUAAGAUUUAUUGAGAAAGGUGGCAUUGUAUUUCUUUUUUUCCUAA